UUUACAGGUACAACCACUUCAAAAAAAAAAAAAAAAAAAAAAGUAUUCACAGUGAGGUAAAUAUGCGGGUUUAUUGCAGCCAAGCCACUCCUUUCGGUGCUCAUUCCUUCUUAGACAUCUGCUCGUCGAUGUUAAAACCCUGAGCACCUUUGGCAAGGGGAGUGAACUCUGAAACUGCAGCACCUGUAGCAGGGGAGCAAUAUUUGAGAAGGAAGCAUUGUCCAGGGAAAAGCAGCAGCUUCAACUUGUGUCCCAUGUGAGACAAGUGAAUCUGAAGUUAUAUAUUAUAUAAGACGUAGGGGGAUGACAGCAGUUUAUCAUUAACCUGAACUCUGCAAGAAGCAUAUAAGGAGAGAAAGAAGAAGAAAGCCAGAGAAGCAGCCAGGAUGGAAACCAUCAUAAAGAUCAACAAUGCUGCGGACAUCUCUGUUAUUGUCGUCUAUUUUUUGGUAGUCCUGGCAGUGGGACUAUGGGCUAUGUACUCAACCAAUCGAGGGACAGUAGGUGGAUUCUUUCUGGCUGGACGGAGCAUGGUUUGGUGGCCGAUUGGUGCUUCUCUGUUUGCCAGUAACAUUGGCAGUGGACAUUUUGUGGGCAUAGCAGGAACGGCAGCAGCUGGAGGAAUUGCCAUCGGAGGAUAUGAAUGGAAUGCUCUGAUAUUUGUGGUUGUUCUAGGAUGGCUGUUUGUACCCAUCUACGUCAAAGCUGGGGUGGUGACAAUGCCAGAGUAUCUGCGGAAGCGUUUUGGUGGGAAACGGAUUCAGGUCUACCUAUCGGUCCUUUCACUGAUCGUGUAUAUUUUCACAAAGAUCUCAGCAGACAUAUUCUCUGGAGCUAUAUUUAUACAGCUGGCCAUAGGACUGAAUCUUUACUUGGCCAUUAUUAUCCUGCUUGCUAUUACUGCUCUUUAUACCAUCACAGGUGGCCUUGCAGCUGUGAUUUACACAGAUACCUUGCAAACGUUUAUCAUGGUUGUGGGAUCUUUUAUUCUUAUGGGAUUUGCAUUUAAAGAGGUAGGAGGGUAUGAUGCUUUUAUGCAGAAGUAUAUGCAGGCAAUUCCAUCCAAUGUCUCCUAUGGAAACACUACAGUUGAUGAGUCAUGCUACAAACCUCGGGCGGAUGCCUUUCACAUCUUCCGAGAUCCUGUCUCUGGAGAUCUGCCAUGGCCAGGACUGAUCUUCGGUUUGAGCAUCCUUGCUCUGUGGUACUGGUGCACAGAUCAGGUUAUUGUCCAAAGAUGUCUCUCCGGCAAGAACAUGUCCCAUGUGAAGGCUGGAUGUGUCAUGUGUGGAUACCUGAAGCUCUUGCCCAUGUUUAUCAUAGUGAUGCCUGGAAUGAUCAGCCGAAUUUUGUAUACAGAUGUGGUGGCUUGUGUUGUUCCUGAAAUCUGCCAGAAGGCCUGUGGCGCCUCAGUUGGCUGUACCAAUAUUGCUUAUCCAAAAAUGGUAGUAGAACUUAUGCCAAAUGGUCUGCGAGGUCUGAUGUUGUCAGUCAUGUUGGCCUCCCUUAUGAGCUCCUUGACUUCCAUUUUUAACAGUUCUAGUACACUGUUCACUAUGGACAUUUACACCAAAAUUCGAAAACGACCAUCAGAGAAAGAGCUUAUGUUAGCUGGAAGGGCAUUUAUGUUACUUCUAAUUGGCAUCAGCAUUGCCUGGGUUCCUGUGGUGCAGUCAGCUCAAAGUGGGCAGCUCUUUGAUUACAUUCAGUCAGUUACUAGCUACCUGGGACCUCCCAUUGCUGCUGUCUUCCUGCUUGGCAUCUUCUGCAAGCGGGUCAAUGAGCAGGGUGCCUUCUGGGGCCUGAUGUUUGGGCUGCUAGUUGGACUCAGCAGAAUGAUUGCAGAGUUUGCCUACGGAACUGGCAGCUGCGUGACACCUUCCAACUGCCCAUUCAUCAUCUGUGGGAUUCAUUACCUCUACUUUGCAAUCAUUCUUUUUGGAGUUUCUGUCAUCGUUAUUCUGGCAGUCUCCUUCAUGACUAAGCCCAUUCCCGAUGUACAUCUUUACCGCUUGUGCUGGUCUUUGCGGAACAGCAAAGAGGAACGUAUUGAUCUUGAUGCAGAUGAUGAGGAGGACAUACCUGAUGAAAAAGAUGAGGAGUCAGUUUCAGAGGCAGGUGAAGAACCAGGAUGCUUAAAGAAAGCUUACAACUGGUUCUGUGGCUUAGACCAACAAAAAGGACCCAAACUCAGCAAGGAGGAAGAGGAAGCAUUGAAGGAGAAACUGACUGACACAACAGAAGUGCCACUUUGGAGAAAUGUUGUGAAUAUCAAUGGCAUCAUCCUAUUGACUGUGGCUGUAUUUUGCCAUGCCUUUUUUGCAUAAACCUCUGAUUACAGUUCUGAAAUUGUACUGUAUUGUCAAGCAAAAACAAUGACUUGUAAAUUUACAGUUAGACACAUUUAGUAUUUUCAUGGUCUAAGUUUGUAAAAAUCAGGGUGAUUUACUCACUGAUUUUGUGAUCAUAAUUUCAACAAUCUAAAGAUCAAGACUACUGAGAUUUCAAGAGAGAGAAUUUCCACUUAGAAACUGAAUCAUUCCAAGUUCAGAAUUCCAUCCAAUAUUCAGAAUUUCCAUCCAAUAUUCUCUCUUCUCAUGAUACAUUUCAUAUUUUAGGUGCAGAACAAGGUUGCUUGAACUGUAUUUCAUGAGCCAUAUAUCAGGGUUUGUGAACUAUCUGAACUAUCUUUUAUCUUUGAUACUAUAAUUUUUAACCAUUUCUCUUCUGAUCAUGCAUUUUUUUUUCCUACAAUAAUUUGAUUACUAAGACAAACAAACAACUGAGGGACUGUAUGGGUUCAAGCUAAAAAAUCACUUUUAUUUGCUCCAAGUACAGAAUAUCUUAAGUAAAGGAUUUAUGUAUAUACUGAUAUAUUUGACACUAUAUCUAACUUUCCAUUAUCGCUUUUUUCCACUUUCACGUUCUAUAAUAUUUGUCAUCAUGUUGUGUUUCUCAGUAAUGAGUGGAACACUAACUAUCUGAACUGAUUGCCUUUGGAAAUUAGGCAAAACUUAAUUCAAUGAUCCUAAUAAGAAUUCUACUUAAGAUAGAUUCUUUGUUUAAGGUUAACUUCAAAAGGUCCCCCUCUUGUAUAUUUUAAUAUGUAACUGUACUUGAAUGUGAAGCUUUUUUUAUACAAAAUGCAUAUAUUAUAUAUACAUACAGCACAUUAUAUAUAUGCACAUAUAUAUUAUAUAUUAAAAUAUAUGUAUGUGUGUAUAUAUUUAUUUAUUUAUUACUGAUUGAUUCCUGUCUUGGUAUGUCAAAGUUGAUCUCUCCCGACAGUUAUUAGGACCUCUUGAUCCUGGAGAUGGUGUGAAUGUAUUGCCUCUCUAUGAACUGUACUACAAAACAAUCCAAAAACAUUGUUAAAAGCUCAAAGCAUCAGAAUGCUGGUUUUGCAUUUUGCUUUCCAGUGCAUUUGAGAGCUUUGUACUAUUUCUCUGAAAAACUGUGAAUCUUUCUUCUGAAGACUUCAAUGAGAAAUUCAUGCUGUAUGAAACUUCAGUAGGACAAUAUGAGCUAACAGUUCAUGAAGGAGAACAGUCAUAGCUGUGGGACCACAGCCAAAUCAGUCUGAUUGUCUCCAAUUGGUAAGUUUGAAACCAGCUGGAGAAACAGAAGACAGAUGCAACUCUUCAAGGCAAAAAGCAAUAGAUCUUAUCAUCUAAUUCAGCUUCUUGGGAAAUCAAGUGCAAAAAGAAGACAUCAGUUGCUGUAGUCAAGCUACAGCAUAAUUCCUUCUUGCUAUUGCACAUUGCUGCAUUGUUGCAAAGCAUCUCAGUGUGAUGCGUCUUCCCACAGCAUUCUAUAGCAGAUGCACCUAUUGCAAGUCUGAUGCAUCCUAAAUAGGAAGCCAAGAUCAUCUCUGUCCAUGCUGCACCACAUCGCUGCUAACUCCUGCAGCUUUAAUCACUCUCACUUUGUAAUCUUCUGACAGUGUCUUUUCUUCAUUUGGGUCUAAAAUCAAAUGAUCUGCUGCUCUUCAGUGUAUAAUGUCUGCAGUAUAUAGAAAGGGUUUGCAUAGGCCAGAUUAAAUCAUCGCUGUAUAAAUAGCACUGCAAACCUUUCAUCUUACAGUUAAUACAGUAAUAUUAGUAUUUUAAAGACCAUGGAAUUAAUUAUAUUUAAUGGAUUAUGAAGACUUGUAUGUAUUAAAGUAUUUGUAUGUUUUGAAGCAUUUGGUGUCCACAAAAUGAUGGGAUUUUUAUAUAAUGUAAUGGAAGAUAGAGAAACUUAAUUUGGUGUCUAGGUUUUGGCUCUGGGUAAUAGUAAUGGACAGCAAAGAAAACUUCCAGAAGAGGAUUGCCCAGAUCCCUCUUUGUCAUGCACUGUUACAAAAAGAAAACAUGGUGAAAUUACGUGGCCAUUUGGAUAAAGACAAACAGCACAAGUGAUAUCCUAGGAGGCUGAAUAGUCUUUAGAUGACCUUCUUGUUAAUUGGUCACUAUCACUUCAUUUUCUUUCCAGGGUUGAAGUAUUUUGAAAAAUUAAUUUUAAUAUGGACAUUCAUUGUACAUCCUCAACAACCUGCUUGGUUCAGAUCUGAAAACUGGAUAUUGUUAAAGGCCAGGGUUCAAAAAGUUAUGUGGAGUUUGACUACUCUUUAGGGUAGUCCUCUAAUUUUGUAGAAUUGCACAAUACAGGGCAGUUUUCCUGUGGACAGCUGAUAUAACCUUUUACCUUUAUAUUAACAGUUACAUGCCACCUCAGGUUGGUGGGUAUUGCAUUCAAGAACAGCUUCGUGAUUUUAAGGAAGAAAGUGACUUCAGUUCUCAGUGGAACUGUGUCUGUGUUGUAGCUGUUGCUGUGGGGUACUCUCAGACAAAACCCAAAAAGUAGCUUACACAGUCCUGGGCCUUCUCAUGCUUUAGAAAUGCAAAUAGUAAGUGUAUACUUGUUCCAUGUUUGACUGUAAAUUUUGAAGUACUUAUAGUUAAUGGAGAGACUCCAGAUGUAGCCCUGGCUUAUAGUAAAAUGUAAAUGAAAAAAAAAAAAAUCAGCACAAUACAACUCUGUUUUGGGUGACCCUGAGACAUCUGGCUUACACUGUCAGCUAAUUAGAUAUAGGGUUACAGCUUAUUUUAAUGGCUUUUCGUUAGAUAAUAAAGUAUUGUUUUAAAGGAAUGGUACAAAAGAAAUUAAAAUACAAUUUAAAAAAAUCACAUAGUAGCACUGUAAGCCAAUUGCAACACUGCUAUGUAAAGAACACAUUCCAAACAAAUCAGAUCUUUAAUUUUAGAAUGACUAGAUCAUUUAUUUCCAAGCCAAAUCCUGGAAAGGGUAACCACUCUUCAGUUAUAUUUUCAUUUUCUGUACCACUCAACAAAUGUAUCCAAGUACCUUGCAAAUGUUAAUUACUUUGGUUACAAGAACACUCUGCUCUCAGAACUCAGAACUUGGUCUUAUUCCUGUUUUGUUAAGGGAAAAGCUCAUGCACCAACGUGCAAGUCACUGGGGGAGGGGAGGUCUGUAGCUUAAUUUGGAACAGAUGUGCAGUAAUCACCGCCUGGUUUUGACCAAAAUGCCCAUGGUGAAUUAAGGCCUAGCCCAAGGCUGAGUUCUUUAGGAGCAAGUGACUGUGGUGAGCUCAGUAACAUCAGCAGCUGCGACUGUGAAUUGGCUUGACUCCUGCUUGGGUCACUUUCUCCACUGGUAAAAUUAGGAAUGUUCAUGUGAAGUAAAACUGACACAGAAUGGGGAGCAAAGAGAAAUGAUAAACACGUGUUAUCACUAGUGUUGGCUGACAUUCAGAGAAAUGCUAUAGAGCCUUGGUUAUUGUCUUUGAAGAACUUGAGUUCAUUUGUUUGAAGGACUGGAUUGGAGGAGCAUUACAAACCGAUAUUCCUGGGGUCACGCUGCAGAGAGAAGGGUGACUGAAAGGUUGUGGGGUCACAGGUAAGUUCUUCUGAAGGAGGGUUGCUGUGGUUCUUUGUUUGUUUGUUUUUAAUUUAACGCUCUUACUUCCUAGCUGCAGGUCUCUGCAGGUGCUCUGCAUGUGCAGUUACUGUGAGGCAGCAAAAAAGCGAGGGAAGAGAGCAGCCGCUUCAGCUUCCCUUGUUUAACCUGAAUUGCAGCAUCACAGGUGUAACAACAGAGGGCGAUACAUCGCCAAGAUGAGCAACUCCAGACCAACAAACAACUCUUGGUGAUUCAAAGCAUUUUUAAUGGAGUGUGUAGUGUCUGUUCUAGAGAACUUAAAGGGUGGAGUAAAACUUGACUCACUCCGACAUCUCAUUGUUCCGAUGAAAGACAGUAUAAUGAGCAGUAGUGCCCAGGUUAUUACCCUUAUUAUUAAUAAAGCAGGUUGGCUUAUUUUUUCUGCUGAGGAUCACUACGUUUUGUUGUCAGUUACCCUAGCCAGCUGCACAAGAGCAGUUUCCCUGAAGUUACUACACCUGCCCUCUCCUCACCUGGCAGUGCUUAGGGCUAGAGCAGCUGGAGCAGCUCCCCUGCUCUCCUUAGGGUACCUGGGAGAAUUUCAAGCUCAGGAGUCGGAUGCUUUCUGCACUGCGUUAGACUCGUGGAAAAAAUGCCUGCGUUCCACCUAUGCCUGAGCGCAGCCGUUGCCGUCUCCAGCAGAAAUGCAUCAGCAAUAAAUCGCGGUUAUGAAACUGGCGGGGCAGGGAGGCAUCAUCGCUGCGUGGCCGGGGCUGCAGGCUCCGCAGCGCAGCCAGCGUGGCAAGGCGGCUCGGAGGAGAAAGACGCCAGGUGAAGACGACGCAGGACGCGGAGAGGGUGGAAAGCAUAGAUUUACUGAGCUGAACUGGAUCAGCUGAAGUGGGGGAAGAGAAA